AUGUGUAGUACGGAGAUGACAGAGGCCGCGUACUCGAUGUCGCCCGCGACGGCCUCGCCCAGCGGCGGGGGCACCAGUGGCGUGGUAGUUGGUGCCACGGUGGGCAGCUGCACCCAACAGCGGUCCCCGUCGGCGUCGAGGACCUGCCCGGAGCAGCCUCUCCCCGAAGAGGAGGAGGAGGAGGAGGACGACGAGGACGAGAUCUCGGUGGGCUGCCCCAGCCCCCUGCCGCUGCUCGUAGCCCCGGGCGAGGACGGGGCACGGCGCGACGGCGAGGAGGACUGCAGGGCACGACGGCGGAGACAACAGCAGCUACAGCUCCACCAGUACCACAACAACAGACGGCGCAGAGCCCCGUCCCCCCCGGCAACCGAGCUAACCCGGCUGAGGGAACAGGAACGGGGCGAGCAACAACAGACGCGCUCCAACGGGGCGGACGACUACUUCAAGCCGUUGAAACGAUUGAGGAUGCUGCAGCAGCAGGAACAACAACAGCACAGGGUACACCCGGGCUCGGACGAGGAGGAGGAGGACAGUCGGGGCGAGCACGAGGCUAGCGAGCGGGGCGUCAAGAGUUUCAGCAUCAUAGAUAUCCUGUCGCACCGGCCCAAGGCGAAGAUAGUCCGGCCCUGGGACACAACGAGCGAAACCGGUGGUGGCUGCUUGGGCUCGAGCCCCGGUCGCGUGGCCAGCCUGCCCCAACCGGCCCACCUGCUACUCCAGCACCGCCAUCACCAACAGCAGCAGCUACUGCAGCACCAGUUCCAUCAGCAGCAGCAGCAGCACCUGAUGGGCAUGUCCCUGGCCUCGAUGAGCGAACCCCCGCUGAGCAGCUCCUCGUCCUCCGGGCGCAGCUCGGUAUCCGACUCGGGCAGUCCCGAUCCUCUGCUGCAUCACCACCACCACCACCACCAACACCACCAUGGGCUGCACCCCGGGAUCCACCACCCGGGUCUUCAGGCCCACUCACCGUCCCAGCAGCAGAGCCUCAAGCGGAGCAAGGGCUCGCAACAGGCGGGGAGCAGCAACGGCAAACGCACCCCCGGCCAGGGUAGUCCCCUCGACGCCCUCUUCCAGAUGACGAGCAAGACCUUCGACGCGGGCGAGCACAGCCAAGAGCAAGCGAACCACUUGAACUUGUUCAACAAUAGGCAGCAGCCGAAGAAGAAGCGGAAGAGUAGGACGGCCUUCACGAAUCAGCAGAUAUUCGAGCUGGAGAAGCGUUUCCUGUACCAAAAGUACCUGUCGCCGGCCGACCGGGACGAGAUCGCCAGCCAGCUGGGCUUGAGCAACGCCCAGGUGAUCACGUGGUUCCAGAACAGGCGGGCGAAGCUCAAGCGCGACAUGGAGGAGCUCAAAAAGGACGUGCAGUCGGUCAACCCGCUGCUCGUCGCCCAGCACCACAAGACCUUCCUCGAGAACGUGCAGGACCUCGGGAUCCUCAAAAAGAGGCCACUGCCCGCCUCCAUCGACGACAAGCCCUAAGCCAAUCGUGGAUUUUUCAAAGUGCAUAAGUGAUAAGUGACGGUUAUUGCACGCGCGCGUGUGUGUGUUUUUUGUAAAUAUGGUUUCUUCAUAGUAUUACCUGUUUGUCGUUUCGUUUCUCGUAGAUUAAUCGCCGGGGAUGGGCGGCAAUUCCACUAGCUUUGCCGUCGUCAUUCGGUAUACCCGGUCGUACGAACUGUAUCAUACUGUAAUUAUACAAUGUCUGUUUGUCGAGUCGGAAAAAUAGUUAUAAAUUAUUGCGUUGGCUCUUUAGUUGGGGCAAGGAGACGAAACGAGACGACUACAACCAAACUGGCUGUUUUUCGUUAGGCUUGUGUGUAAAUAGAAAAACAUGUAAAUACAAACCAAAAAUGGACGUCCGUUAAAAUAUUAUACUAUAGUGCCCGAGUGCAGUCGAUAAUUAUGAUUGUAUAUCCUCUGUGCGUCUCGUGUUAGGUUGUAUUAUUUCAUAGACCACGGCGUAACUGCUGAAAAAUGACGUUAUUAUGUACCUAUAAAGACCUAUGAUAUAUAUAUAUAUGUGUAUGUGUAUAUGUCGCGAUCGAAUAAAUACUUGAUGAAACGGCGGAACAAAGAGAAAAGAAAGACAUGUACAAUAUGCAUCCUCUCGGUGAUAAUAUGUACGAUGAUAUUACGCGGGCACUGCAAUAUAUGAUUAUUAUUUAAUUAUACAUACAUACACGUUUAGUAGGGAGCUUUACGAUUUUCUAUAUGAGUAUUAUACGAGGAAAAAGACAAAAGAAACAAGAAACUAUUGUACAUUAUUAGUGUCAUCAUCAAAUCGAAAUGCGCAUCCGCGGACACGCGCCCGUGUGUCCCUCCUCCGGACUUAUAA